GGCGCGUGCGCAAUUCAGAGUACCGUGUGGAAAAGUGGGAAGCCGUCGUGUUAAAUACCGGUGCGCGUAGAAAAGUGCACUAUUGUUUUCUCUGUUGUCUCAGUACCGUGGUUGAAAUGCCUUCGGUUUUAAUUAAUGCACUUUUGUCUAGCUGCUCGAACCCCGAUUUAGUGUUAAACGCUCUUUGCUGGCCAAGUGACACAUGGCCGGAGAUAGAGGUUGUUGAAGAACUUGCCGUAUUAAUCGAUGGAGUUCAUAGUCUACAUUACAAGGAGUCAGACAGGCAUAAUAUCGGAGCCAAUAAUGGUCACACCGGAUGUCCAAGAGAGGUGGCGUUUCAGAAAAAAGUCGAGGAUGUAGCAUGGAAACACUGCGUGCCUCUCCUGUUUAAAAUAUCCAGCGAACACGAGUCUGCCUGUAAACUUAGGGGUAAAAACAAGGAUUUACUUAAUGCUGUGUGCAUGCUGUUGGGCGUUUGUGUUAAGAUUUGUGACGAAGAGCUGUCGGAAAAGUUGACAAACGUUACUUUGUCGGUACUGGAGCUGACGGAAGAUGAAGCAGGCGAAGAAAGCCCCGAACAGAAAAAAAUAAAUAAAGACGUUGCAAUUGAAGUCUUGGCUGUUUUAACACCUAUUAUUUCGUCUAACGAGCAGCUGACAGCGACGGUGCUGUCAUCCGCUUUAAUGUGUAUCAAAGCCGGCUCCGAUUCGGUUGCUUCGAAGAUAUUGGUUCGCGUUUUGAUGACUUUGCUUAACACCUGUUGCCCUGAUGAGAGGAGAGCAGUCCUUUUGGGACGCAUUCGGGGUGAUCUGAGCUGCUGGCACGAAAAUGACAGCACGCCAGCAGUGACAGCUCGUAUCUUGCUGUGUCUAACUGCGCUUUCAGAUCACCUGUUUCAUUCCAGCAGCGGUUCUCCUGCUAACGUUUACAUACACCACUCCCAGCAGUUUUGGAAGAUAGUUCAAGCAGGAUUGACGCACAGGGACAGCGUGUCGCGCAAACGGGCGUUGUAUCUAUUUAAGAGGGCUGUCGAGCUGUCCGAUGAAGAGAACGUCGAUUUUCAAAGUGGUAAUGCAUGUCGUGAAGAACAGAGUUUAUUCACAUGGGUACCAAAGAAGUGCCAGCUUCUCAGGGAAUUCUGGGAGGACUAUGCCUUGAUCAUGGAGACCCUUGAUGAAAACCAGAUUCACGUGGUUCGGCCUGUGCUCAAUAGGAUGGACACACUGAUCGAGGCUACUGUGAGUGACAUUCAAGGCCCAGCCCUGCUCCACCCCUCAUGGCUGCUGUCUGUGUACCAGCGCAUGUUCCACAGUGAGAACAAGACCGUUAUGAGGGAGGGGGUGUGUCACCUGCUGGGUCUGCGGGUGCUGCGAUGCCCCGCCUUUGCUGUGGCUUUUUCACAGUUCACUGUUGGCCCCUUCUUGGAUGUGCUGGCUGAGAGCUCGCUCUUCCACAGGUCUCCUGGACAGAGCAUCGGAGAAUGUCCAGAGCUCGGGGCCAAGCUGCAAGACUUCAUGGUCACCUUCAUAGGCAGCCUACCACAGGAGAAGAGAAAUGAGGUGUUGCUGCAGCUGGUCCAGCGGCUGGGCUCUCGUCACUGGUGUGCAGUCCCUAUCCUCUUCUUGUCCCAGGCCCUGUCCUGCCUGCCCCCCUGCCCAGCGCUUGGCCCCCCAGGCCUGCAGGCGCUCAGGGAGGUGUUGCAUUGCACCAUGAUCACUCACCAGGUGCUACUCAGAGGAGCUGCUCAGGGCUUCUUGCUGCAAAGUGCCCUCUAUCUGACAGAUGUGGCCACAGUGACACUGGCUGAUGUCCUCGGAUUCCUAGCGCACUUCCGUGCGGAUGAGUCACUGUGCAGAGGCACGAAGCUCUGGGAUCAGGUGUGUGAUUGGCUGCUGGAGAGUGAGGAGCAUUUUAAACCUGAUUCACACCUGAAGCUGGGGGCGGAGAUUUCAAGGAACUCAACCCUCCAGGGGGGGUCCCUGAGAGUCUUUGUGUGCAACCAGCUAGAUUCUUUCCUCCGGGUCCCAGCCUGCGCAGACUCGACUGGGGGCUUACCCGAUCCCUGGGAGGCAGAGCUCGUGGCCCGGGCCCUGUUUCUCUGUAUGGAUGUGGAGCAACGACGACCCAGCGGUGCAUCACCUGGGGGACUGGAAGAGUUGCUACGCCCCCUGCUGGACACCCUGAGUCGGCUUGGCACCAACGUCUACCUGCCCUUGAGGAAGGCUGAUAAAAGCCUCCAGCUGCUUUUGCGGCUGCUGCAGCUGCGGAAGACGCCUGGCAGCAGUGACCCUCAGGCACAGAAGGACGAGGUAUCAGCAGCCAUAGAGAUGCUUGUCCUGAGGGUGGCCGAGCCGAUUCAGGAGUUCAUGCUGCGCAGGCUGAGUGGGGAGCUGCGUGAGCUGUGGGAUGUGGAGCGAGCCAGCCUGUACCAUUCCGUCCUGCGGGAGCUGCUCCUGGUGUAUGGCCGUGCUGGGUGGCACCACACAAGUCAUCUUGGGGGAUUUAUCUCGGCGCUGACCAGAUACUGUUUACGGGUGCUGGGAGAGCCAGAAGACCAGAAUCCUGUUCUGGGCGUCCAGGUAACCAGGGCAGUUGCCAUGGCAUCGCUGACUCUCUUGUGUGAGGUCGGGGAGAAACACAGGGCCAGCCUGCACCCUGAGGCUGUGCGUUCACUGUCCUCGGUGGCAACGCUGUUCUACUCCUCUUCCUCACCAGUGUUCCUGAACCACAGUCUGCAAAAGCCUGCAGUAGCACCUGACUGCCUGCAGGGGAGCAUGGAGGAGGGCCCAACUCUCCAGGGCUGGGGCCGUGUAGCAGCCCACUUUGUGCGGGACCAGUGGGCCUGCCUGCGCUUCGUGCUGGGUUCCCUCACUCUGCUGGGCCCUCAGGAACUACCCCCUGCCUCAGCAUUCCUGGGAACUGCGGUUGAGGCAUUGUCCUUGCUGCCCAAUGACCUGGUGGUACCUGUUUUAGACUGCAUGAUGUUACUGCUGCCACAGGUGGCGCAAACUGAGGAAUGUUUGUGUGUGGAGGCCGUACAGUUGGCCUGGAAAGUUGUGCUGGGUCUGAGCAAUAACCCCCAUGACUUCUGGCCCACUCUGGAGGGCUUUGUGCAAUUUGCCUUCGGCCGAAGAGUCCUGGAGCUUGCGGAAGGCGAGGCGCCGAAGCUCACGGCCACUAUUCAGCAGGUGGCCGCAGAGCUGAUCGCUCUGUCUCAGACCAAAACAGGAGUAUUCAACGUGCUUCUCCGGCACUGCUGCCGAACCUGGCUGCCCUCUGACCCAGGAUGCGAAAUCAGUGCCAAUGCGGUGUUCUCCAGCACCUUCAGGCACCUGGACAUCCUGACGGAGGCCUGUGUGUAUGGGCCUGUGUUCAGGAGAGACCAGAGAUUAAUCCAGGAAGUGCAGACGUACGUGGAGCGGCUGGGAGACACGUGUGCAGCCAACGUGAUCAUUAACAAUGACAGCCGGGAUGAGCAGCUCCCCCGCAUGUGUGCCCUGGCCUUCCUGAGCCGCCUGGACACCUCCCACCCCGCACAUGCCCACCUGAUGGAGACACUGGUGCUGCGGCUGUUGAGUAAGGAUGAUGAGAUAUCGAAGUCGAAAACACGUUACUAUGGCAACUCCCUGCAGCAUCGAGUGAAGAACAGGGUGUGGCAGACAGUGAUGGUCCUGCUGCCCAAGCUCAGAGCGGAGUUCAUGGAGACUCUGCUGGGCCAUGUCUAUGAGGCCGGCUUCUGCAGCAACCAGGCGUCGGUGAAAUACCUCAUCGAGUGGGUGAUCAUCCUCACCCUCCACUGGCACCCUGCUCUCGUGGACACCCUCUGGAGGUGCUUCGGCGUGGUGGACCAAGAGAAAACCAAGACAAGCAUCUGUACUUUCCUGGCUGUGUUAGUUCACCUGGACGUCCUUCUGGCUAAUGUUCCGGAUAAGGCCAGCAGGUGGCACCGAGCUCUGGAUGUGGCCCUUCAGUGCUGCUUUAGUCACAACUUCAGCGUGCGCCUCUAUGCCCUCAUAGCCCUGAAGAGGGUCUGGGGCCUGGAAGGCAUGAGGGCCACUGCAGGAGGUGAAGCGCAGGGUGCCGAAGGGCUUGGGGGAGUGGCCUCUGUUGUCCCAGCCUGCCUGCAGCAAGCAGAGGCCAUGCAGAGCGCAGGGAAUGCUGGAAAGAACUGGACAAAAAUCCAGGAACAUUUCUUUUUUGGGAUCUUCCAUCCACUUGUAGACUACAGCAUGGAGACUAUCUUCCACAUCUUUCCGAGCCUGUCGGACUUGGCCAACGAUGAAUGGAUUCCUGCCUGGAAGAUUGAGACACUGGUGGAAUUCCCCCAGAAUUCUGCUCCAUCCUUGCAGAAUUCCCGCCAGGACCUGAGCCAGCUGCAACCAGGCGACUGGGUCCAGCUGGAUAAAGGUGAGACGGAGCGAGAAGAGCGCUGGGUGGAAGUGCAGAAGAAAAUCACACCCUGGAGAGCCGGCAUCCAAGAGCAGGACCUGGACCUGCAGCUGGCCUCCCAGCAGAGGGCAGCACGCCUGGGCAAGCUCCACGGCGCCCUCCUAGUGGUCGCGUCCCUUAUCGACAAGCCCACCAACCUAGGUGGGCUGUGCAGAACGUGCGAGAUCUUCGGUGCCAGCACUUUGGUGCUGGACAGCCUCCGACACGUCAGCGACAAGCACUUCCAGGCCCUGAGCGUAUCUGCCGAACUGUGGCUCCCCCUUUUGGAGGUUAAGCCUGCGGAGCUGGCAGACUUCUUACAGUUGAAAAAGACAGAAGGUUACUGCAUUGUGGGUGUGGAGCAGACAGCGAACAGCCAAAGUUUGCAGAACUACAGGUUCCCUGAAAAGACCCUCCUACUUCUGGGUAACGAGCGAGAAGGCAUCCCAGCAAACCUGCUGCAGUUGCUAGACAUCUGCGUGGAGAUCCCCCAGCAUGGUGUUACACGUUCCCUCAAUGUGCACGUUAGCGCCGCCCUACUGGUGUGGGAGUACACACGGCAGCACCUGCUCUCUCCCAGCUCCCGGGUCCCCGAUCAUAGCCUCUAAGAGUGGGCCUCUUGCCACUAAUUCUGCCAUCUGACAGUAACUGAUGGCUGGACAGUAACUUUCGAUCUUUAUCCUGCAUGUCCCAGAAUUCCACCUGGUGAUAAGUUUUUCAAAUUUAUAUUUAAUAGGCUCAGAACGCAACCUUUUUAGUGUUUUAUAUAAUCUAUAUGAUUUUUAUGAGGUCAGUGUAAUUCUUUUACGUAUAUUAAUAAAUAUUCUUGUAUAAAAUUUUA